CUGACGAUCUAGUGUUGAUGAAAACUAAACUACUGCGAUAGAAAAUUCGGCCUCUAUCAAAUCUAGUUUCAGAAUAAUUAUUGCUAGAAAUUUACGUAUUUUCGUUGGCGAUGUCAACAUUGACCUUGGCUGUUAUUUGUAUAUCUGUUUUCUUAUGAUAAAGAGUAUUGAAGAAGUCACCACUAAUCACAGCUCAUUGCCAGCAAACAUCAUUGUUUGAAAAGAUAAGAUUACAGAAGAUAAAGAUUAAACAUAGAAAUGCAUAUUUUUGUGACAAAGGAUAUUUAUUUAUUGAAUUACCAAUUGAAAUGAUCUUCAAUCUUCAGUACCUUCAGUUGUCCUUUUCCGUUUCUCGAUAAUUUAUUAAAAAGAUAAGGAAAGUAAUAAAAGUGUAGUUAUUAAUAAUUUAUUUAUUUUUUGUGACAAACAAUUUCAAAACAUUUUAUGAACUGAUAUUGUCCAAAAGGAAACAAAAAGGUUACAUGAUGAAUAGAGAUGAAGCUGAAUUACAUUUCAAACAAGAAAUUAAAAAUGGAGUGGCAGUUCUUCGUCUUGAUUCACCUAAUACUGAGGUAAAUACCCUUACUGAAGCUGUUAUGGAAGAAUUUCGACAACUAUUAAAAAACAUAUCAUCAGAUGCCAGUAUAACUAGCGCAGUUAUAAUAUCCGGAAAGCCUGGAAAUUUUAUUGCUGGUGCAAAUAUUGGAAUGAUAUCAUCCUGUAAAAGUAAAGAGGAAGUUAUGCGACUAUCCAAAGCUGGUCAAGAUCUUUUAGAUGAAAUGGAAAACAGCUCGAAACCGUUUGUUGCAGCCAUAUCUGGUACUUGUCUUGGUGGGGGUCUGGAAGUUGCUUUAGCUACUCAUUACAGAAUAGCUGUUAAUAGCAAGGAAACUGGUUUAAGUUUUCCUGAGGUUCUACUAGGACUUCUUCCUGGUGCUGGUGGUACACAGAGACUGCCUAAAUUAAUAUCUUUACCUAAUGCAUUAGACAUGAUGUUAACAGGCAAAACUGUUCCAGCUGACGAAGCUAAAGAACUUGGUUUAGUUGAUCUGCUUGUCGAUCCUUUAGAUUCACCUGAAGAAAGAACUGCUGAAUAUCUGGAAGAAGUUGCUGUUAAUGUUGCACAAGACUUGGCUAGUAAAAAAUUAAAAAUUGAUCGCACCAGACCUUUAAUGGAAAGAAUAAUGAACUACGUCUUUAGUUUUCAAUAUAUUCGGGACAAAAUAUUUUCAAAAGCUAAGCAACAAGUCAUGGAAAAAACCAAUGGAUUAUAUCCAGCUCCAUUAAGAAUUUUAGAAGUUGUUAGAACAGGAAUUGAAAAAGGCUCCUCUGCUGGUUUUGCUGCUGAGUGUGAAGGAUUUGGAACUUUGACUAUGACAACCCAUUCUAGAGCCCUUAUAGGUUUGUACAGCGGACAAACUUUAUGCAAAAAGAAUCGCUUUGGAGAACCUGAAACAAAGACAAAGACAGUUGCAGUGCUUGGAGCUGGACUCAUGGGUGCUGGUAUUGCCCAAGUGACUGUUGAUAAAUCUUUCGAUGUCCUUCUGAAAGAUGAUAACCCAGACAGUCUUGCCCGUGGUCAAAAUCAGAUUUACGAUGGAUUGGACGGUGCUGUCAAAAGUAAAAGAAUAUCUUCACAAGAAAGAGAUAGGUACGUGUCUAAGUUAAAUGGAGUUUUGAACUACGACAAGUUUAGCAAUGUGGACAUGGUUAUUGAAGCUGUUUCUGAUGACUUGAACAUCAAGCACAAAGUGAUUAAAGAAAUGGAGAAGUACGUUCCUGAACACUGUAUCAUAGCCUCCAACACUUCAGCAUUGCCCAUACACAAGAUUGCUGAAGCAAGCAAGAAUCCAGAAAAAGUUGUUGGAAUGCAUUACUUUUCCCCAGUAGACGAAAUGCAGUUGCUAGAAAUUAUAACAACCGAUAAAACUUCAAAGGAUACUGCUGCAGCAGCUGUUCAAGUUGGUUUAGAGCAGGGUAAAUUGGUGAUUGUUGUCAAGGAUCGACCUGGAUUUUACACUACAAGAAUUCUAAAUCCAAUAAUUUUUGAAUCUAUCUACAUGCUCCAAGAGGGGAUUAGUCCUAAAGAGCUCGACAAAUUCACUAAAGCUUUCGGUUUUGCAGUCGGUGGUGCAACUUUAAUUGAUGAAGUGGGCAUUGAUGUUGCUACUCAUAGUGGAGAGCAUUUGGGUGGCAUAUUUGGUGAGAGAUUUUAUGGCAAAUCAGAUCUCAAUGUCAUGAAGAGCAUGGUGGCUGCUGGAUUUCUAGGACGCAAGUCUGGAAAGGGAUUGUUCCUGUACACUCCUGGUGUUAAGGAUAGAGAUGUGAAUCCUGGUGCUGGAGAUAUUUUCAAGAAGCACAAAGUAGAUUCUUUGAAAGAGUGCACUACUGAAGAGCUUCAGAUGAGAAUAAUUACAAGAUGCAUAAAUGAAGCUAUUCUCUGCUUGGAAGAAGGUAUCCUUGCCAAUCCUUUGGAAGGCGAUAUUGGUGCAGUAUUUGGUCUUGGUUUCCCACCUUUCCUUGGAGGACCCUUCCGCUACACAGACACCUACGGGGCUGAUAAGUUAGUGAAAUGGAUGGAACAAUUUAGUGCAAUUUAUGGUCCACAAUUCACCCCCUGCCAAUUGCUCUUAGAUCACGCCAAAGAUCCCAGCAAGAAAUUUCAUCCACCUGGAAAAAUUUCUUUUUUCUUAUAAAAUUUAAAUGUGUUUUAAAUGAAUUUAGUUUCAUUCUUAAAUUUCACAUACGUAUUUUUUUUUCCUUUUCUAAACCGGAAAUUUUUUUGUUUUUCUAUAAAAUAAAUGUGUCUUAAAUGAAGUUAGUAUAAUUUUUAAAUAUUACUGCAAAAAAGAGAAGAAAAAAAACAACUUUCUGAUUUUACGUAGAGUUUUUUUCCACAAGUUAUUCAUUCAUGUUAACUGUAAAAAAUAAUUGUUGAUUCUGCCUUCAUUCAAAUAAUAAUGUUUUAAAGGUGUUGCUAAAAUGAUUGUUAAUAUAUAAAAUGUUUUAAGAUUACAUGCAUCAGAUAUUUAUACAAACACGAAAUAGAUUAUAUUUUGACAUGUACAUAGCCUCUCAUAAUAUUUUUAUAGAUGUAAAUUAGAUAUUUUUAUUUUUAUAAUAAUAAAUAUCUGAAAUGAA